CAUUUGAAAAGAUCUGGUAAUACAUCAGCUCAGUGAUCUAUUUGGCCGUGUGUGUGCGUCAACCUGCUGAUUGCAAAACUGCAGCCAAUCAGGCCACCGCAAGCGCUCUGCAGGCGCGUGCUUGACCUUGUGCGUACAGGAUUAUUUGAUGGGGGACUGACGUCUGGUUUGUUUUCAGACUUGAUCGUGCCACUUCUUUUUAGCAUUUUACCACCUCCUUUGAUCAACAAUGUCGCAUGCUGGUGCACAAAAGGGCAGUCCUCUGACACUGGUGCUGAUGGUUGCUUCUGCAUCCAUUGGAGGGACUCUUCAGUAUGGAUAUAACCUUGCAAUAAUGAAUGCUCCCACAACCUUUAUCCAAACUUUUAUCAAUGAAACAUUCUUGGAGCGAUGGGACGUCCAGUUGGAGGAAUACCAGGAAGAAGUGCCUGCUGCUGAACAACAUUUUUCUCAUGACUGCUGCACUCUUAGCAUUGACGAGUAGAACCGCCAGAUCUUUUGAGAUGAUCAUGAUCUCACGUGUCCUGGUUGGAAUAAAUGCCGGUAUCAGCAUGAAUGUGCAGCCCAUGUAUUUUGGAGAAAGUGCACCAAAGCACUUAAGAGGAGCUGUCUCUUUGUCAUCAGCUGUGUUUACAGCAUUCGGUGUCGUGUUAGGACAGGUGGUCGGACUCAGAGAGAUUUUGGGCAGUGAGCCGUGUUGGCAGUACCUUCUUGCCAGUAAUGCCAUUCCUGGACUCAUUCAGCUCUUGACCCUGCCAUGGUUCCCAGAGAGUCCCAGAUAUCUGCUCAUUGAUAGAGGAGACAAGGAGGCUUGUAUUAAUGCUCUGAGACGCCUGCGAGGCUGUGAGGUCCAGAGUAGCGAGCUGGAUGAGAUCCUGCAGGAACAGGCUGAAACCAAAGGAAUGAGGGCGAGCCACCCCUGGGAGCUUUUUACUGAUCGCUCUGUACGCUGGCAGCUCAUCUCUGUCAUGAUCAUUAGCAGUGCCAUGCAGCUCUGUGGCAAUGACUCGAUUUACUUCUAUGCAUCAUAUGUGUUUAAAGAGGCUGGAAUAUCAGAUGACAAAAUCCAGUAUGCUACAGUCGGCACCGGGACAUGUGAAUUCACAGCCUGUAUAAUGUGUAACCUGCUGGUAGAGCGCAAAGGUCGGAGGUUCAUGCUGGCAGGAGGCUUCACCCUCAUGACCUUCUGGGCUGUCGUCUUCACGAUUGCUCUGUCGUUUGAGCACCAUAUAACCUGGAUGUCGUACCUGAGCAUGGCCUGUGUCUACACCUAUAUUCUCAGCUUUGGCAUGGGACCAGCUGGAGUGACUGGCAUUCUUCCCACAGAGAUCUUCAAUCAGGCAGCUCGGCCGGCAGCCUACAUGAUUGCUGGCUCCAUGAUGUGGCUCAACCUGUUCGUCGUUGGAAUGAUCUUCCCAUUUUUAGUAAGCGGGCUGCGUGAGUACUGCUUUGUGCCUUUUGCAGCGAUCUGCCUGUUGUCUGCACUGUAUGUUGGCCUUUUUCUGCCUGAGACCAAGGGGAAGUCUCUGUCAGUCAUCAUGCAUGAAUUUCACAGGCUCAAUUUCAAAGGCCAGGAAAACCAUUUUGAAGCUCAAACCAAACCUCAGUAUCAGCUGGGCGAAGUGUGUCUUUCCACAGCCUUGUAGACAAACAUUUUCUCCAGAAACAUGCAGUCACACCCAGUGCAUGCCUCACUUUGACCUGGUCUGCAUCAGCGGGAAGAAGUUUUGUGGUUUGGGAGCAGCUUUCAUAUCAUUGAAACAUACAUAAAUCCCCUUUAAAUAUUAUCUGAAAUGUUUUUCCUGUGAGGAAAAUGGCAAUUUAAAGAAUUUAUCUUUGACUUUUUCACAUUAUGCUUUAUGUCAUUGAUUGAUGUGAGACAAGUCAUUAAAACGACUUUAUAUUAAGUGUACUGUAAUAAGGUAUAAAUCAUCGUUUCCACAGAAAGUCAUAUUUUUGUUAUUAGACAGAGCUGGAGACCUAAGACCUGUUUCAGCAAAUUAAACAAAAUGCAUUUUUAAGAUGUUUUGUUGUUUCUUAUUAUUAAUAAAUAAAAACAGAGAUGAUGACAAAAAAAGGUCACCACACUGACAUCCUGAAUAAAACCCGUGGUCCUUUCAAUUCCUGAAAGUAGACUGCUUCUUACAUUAUCCUUUCAGCUGGGAGGUGAAAUGCAUUUUAUGCUGAAUUUUUAUGCUUGUGACACAUAGUCCAGAAACACAACAAAGUUAUAACAAUACACAACAGACCAGACAACUGCAGUACAAGAAGUUAGAGCACUGGAAAUAUAAAUGUGCAUCUGGAUGAAAACAGAAUACAGGAGGAAGAAAAUCAAACGAUCCAACAAUACGAAACACAAAGUGGUGGUAGUGUGUGGUAGAAAUGACCACAGUGGUUACUUUUUUCUUCACAUAGUUAUCAUUAUUAGUAGUCUGACUGUCUAUACUUUGAACUUUGUUAAAGACUGCACAACACUUUAUAUUAAAGAAAA